AUGUCUGGGUUUCUUAGUGUAGUAAGUGGAUUUGGACCAAAAAUAGUGAUUGAUCACGACGGUGGUGCUGACGAUGCAAUGGCCAUUUUUAUGGCACUUUUAAAUGAAAAAUAUUUUAAUGGGCCAAAUGUAGUUGCAAUAACUACUGUUCAUGGGAAUGUUGAUGAGCCACAAGUGUUUAAUAAUACACAAAGAAUUUUGAGUAUUGCUGGCAGGCGAGACAUACCAAUAUAUCGUGGAUCUAAAACAGCUAUUAUAAAGAACGCUCUCUCUGACUACUACUUUGGACGUGAUGGCCUUGGAGACAACGAAACAACGCUUUUCAAACCUAUCGAAGCCCAAACUGAUGUUGCUGCAAUAGCAUUAAUUAAUCUAUCCCAGAAAUACCAAGACGCACUAACAAUAGUUACUUUGGGACCCUUGACGAAUGUAGCUCUCGCGAUAAAAUUGGAUCCAGAAAUUAUAGCCCGAAUAUCUCAAAUCUAUGUCGCGGCUAGUUAUAUUAACAGUCAAGGGUUAAACAAAAUUGAGUUUAACAUAAAAAUGGACGUAGAAGCAUACUAUAUCAUGAUCGAAAAUGGUUCAGCUGAAAAAGUUACUAUUAUUCCUUCAACUCAGGUCAAACAAUAUUUAAACUUGGGAAAGGAAUGGCGUCGGGAUGUUUUUGGAGUAAUAAACACAGAUAUAGUACGUUCCUUAAAUGCGUUUGAGCGAAUAUCAAUGGGUUUAACGGAGGACUGGAGGCCAUUAGAUCCUUCCGCAAUGGCUAUAGUACUAGAACCAUCACUGGUUCUAGAAAAGAAAUUAACAAAUACAUCUAUUUUCUUGUGUGGUAAAUUACGUGGCAGGACGACUUAUAAUUUUAAAUCAAAAUAUCCAAACGCAAGAGUUAUAAUUUCAGCUGACAAGAAUGUUUAUCAACAUUUUCUGAUAAAAAUUUUCUCCGCCAGUAUAAAUGAUCAAAAUAAUGAUAAGGACAAUACAAAUAUUAAUGAUACUAGCAAUGGUAAUGAAAGUGAUGAUAACGAUAAUGAAGACAAUAACGACACUGUAGACGAUUCUAAUAAUAUAUAAAUAAUAAUAUUUAAACCGUAAAUUCCUAUCGUAAACUGCCAUACAUAUUGCCCAAUAAUAAAAUAUUCAUCUAGCUUAGUAUACAUCUACAUUGAUUUUAGUUGGAAAAUAAUAACAGAUUUUAAUUAUUUAAGCAUACCUAUUCGCCGACUAGGUACAAUGUAAAUUCAAAGUAAAAUUAUAUGCAAGGUUUAUUUUUAUUGUUUCAACAUACCAGAGUGCCAGCUACCUUUAAAAAUCUUUCUUUUAAAUAAAUAAAUAAACACAUUGAGGUUUGCUUUCUUUUUCCCAGAUA